UCGGGAAAAGGAGGUUUAGGACCAGGGGCUCUGCUUUCUGCUGAGAGGCAAUUUUAGGAAGGCAAGAACAGGGCUGUUCCCGGGGAACCCUUCCAGGCUAUAUGAGCAUCCAGCUCUCGCAGGACCAGGCCAUGCCCUAGCCCCUGCCAGGGGGUUUAACCCCUGGGUGAGGUGGCAGGGAGGCAGUAAUGUGCUCAGCAUCACUCCCCAUCCAGGAGGAAACAAGCUGGCCUGAGGAAUGGAGAAACUGUUUGCAAACUCCAGCAUGUCCGUCCACAAUCUAGCACAGUUUGUGACCUCAUUUUUGGACGUAUCCGUCAAUAGCAACUGCUUCCUUGCUGUGCUUUAAACCCUAGCAGGUGGCUAUGUGAUCAGAGGUAAGGUUAAAGCCACGUCUAUCAUCAUCAGGCUUUGUGAGAUGUUUGCAUCAGGACUAAGUCAGCAGGCACCGUGUAUACAACAGCAGAGGUUGCGUGUGUACAACAGCAGAGGUUGCGUGUGUACAACAGCAGAGGUUGCAUAGUAACAGCAGCAGGAAGGCGUCAGCUCUGCCCUCCUUGCUCUCCGCAGAGUGCCGAGAAGAGUGAGGUCUUAUCUCAACUCUCAAAAUGGAGCUAGACAUCCAGUGUGAGGAGAUGAACCCAUCUAGAUGGGCUGAACUUCUGUCCACAAUGAAAUCCUGCAAAACCAUCAGGCUGGAUGACUGCAAUCUCUCCAGCAGUAACUGUGAGGAUCUCUGCUCCAUCAUCAAUAUGAAUCCAUCCCUCACAGAGCUGAAGCUGAACAACAAUGAACUUGGAGAUGCAGGCAUGGAAUACCUGUGUAAAGGGUUGCUGAUGCCAAGUUGUAGCCUACAGAAGUUAUGGCUGCAAAACUGCAAUCUGACAAGUGCCAGCUGUGAGACCCUCUGCUCCGUCCUCAGUGCACAGCCAUCCCUGACAGAGCUGCAUGUAGGUGAUAACAAACUGGGAACCGGUGGAGUGAAGGUGCUAUGUCAAGGGAUGAUGAACCCCAACUGUAAGCUGCAGAAGCUGCAGUUGGAGUAUUGCGAACUCACAGGUGAUAUUGUGGAAGCUCUCAAUGUUGCUCUGCAAAGCAAGCCCACCCUGAAGGAGCUCAGCCUGAGUAACAACACACUAGGAGAUACAGCUGUAAAGCAGCUGUGUCGGGGACUGGUGGAGGCAAGCUGCAACCUAGAGUUACUACACCUGGAGAACUGUGGCAUAACCAGUGAUAGCUGUCGGGAGAUUAGUGCUGUUCUCAGUAACAAGUCAUCACUGAUAGAUCUCUCUGUGGGAGAUAACAAGAUUGGGGACUCUGGUCUAGCUCUGCUCUGCCAAGGACUGAUGCAUCCUAACUGCAAAAUCCAGAAGCUAUGGUUAUGGGACUGUGAUCUCACAAGUGCUAGCUGUAAAGAUCUCUCCAGACUCCUCAGUACAAAAGAGACCCUCACAGAGAUCAGUCUGAUAGACAAUAACCUGAGAGACUCAGGGAUGGAAAUGCUGUGUCAGGCACUCAAGGAUCCCAAAUCUAAACUCCAGGAGCUAUGGAUUAGGGAGUGCGGGCUCACAACUGCUUGCUGCAAGGCCAUCAGCUCUGCUCUCAGUGUGAACAAGCACUUGAAAGUACUGCACAUGGGUGAGAACAAGUUGGGAGAUGCAGGUGUUGAACUGAUGUGUGAAGGGCUGCUACACCCCAGCUGCAACAUUCAAUCCCUAUGGCUGGGUAACUGCGAUCUCACAGCAGCCUGCUGUGCAACACUUGGCACUGUCAUGGCUACCAAACAGUGCCUUACUGAGCUGGACCUGAGCUACAACUCUCUGGAAGAUGAAGGUGUCAGGAAGAUUUGUGAAGCCUUGAGGAAUCCCAGCUGCAAUGUGCAGCAGUUAAUUUUGUACGAUAUUUUCUGGAGCUCUGAAGUGGAUGAUGAACUGAGGGCCCUGGAAGAGUCCAAGCCUGAGGUGAAGAUCAUUUCAUGAAUGGUGACUGCCUGCAGAGCAACGUCAAAGCAACGUCCUAUUCUUAAUCUGAACUUUUUCAUGCAUAAAGCUAAUUUGUUUGUACCAAAAAUAUUUGUGGAUUCCCUGAGUGGAUGGCUGGAGAGUUGAUCAACCUUCUGUGCAUCUCUGGAUGUACGAACUUGAGGCUCAUGAAACUGUACAUUUUCACUACAUCAUUACUAGCCUUGAAAUAAUUACUGGGCAUCUUCUAGAAGAGGGUCUCUAUUCUUCGGGAACUCUUUAAUCCUAUAAUCCUAUCUAAUGCAUUAGCCAAGCUUUCAAGAGAACUCCUUUUCAAAGGCAGGAGGAGAACUACCUACUAUAUUAAUUCUGGGUGGUGUUUUUGCCAGAUAUCUGGGGAAGGCUCUCUAAAAAAACAAAUAUUUUUUUAAUCUAAAAUGGAGCUAUUCCCACCUUCAAAAAGAGUUCAAAAAGGAGUGGUGGCCAAGGCACUAGAGAAAAAAAAAUGAGCAGCUGUUCAGCUGCAUAGCUUCAAAAUUGGUGUCCCUUGAAAAGUGAUUUUCAUAUGAACAGAAGAUACUGUGUGCAUUUCUGCUAGUAUGAGAAAUUAUUAAAUGGUUUAAUACAUUUGCUCUAGCUAGAAUGGUUCUACAGGAACUUUAUUAAAGACUAUAUGCAAAUAAAUGCUUCAUUUUUCUACUUAUGAAAAUAAGAUCUAUCUGUAUAUUUCUCCUUUAAGACCAAACAGUUACUUCUGAACUACACUACUACUGAUGCCUUGUUUUACAUGUUUGCUUUUGGUAAGUUCAUAGCUGAAGCAUGGCAGGAGAAGAUCUUAGUCAAGGCAUUAGGUGGACAGCCAGCCUAGAAGACAUUGCUGUGGUUUCAGGAGAAACUGAUAGGCUUUUCUUGCCCAGUCAGAGUUUUAAUAAACUUUGCUCCAAGGGAAAAUGCAGUUGUUGCACCUGUGUAGUGGCAGAGGGCCCCCCGUGAGGGGAUGGAAUUGUCGCCAGCCUGGCUGGAAGGUGAAGCAAGAGACAAAAGGAACCCUAUAAGAAGGUAACAACCAAUUAGCAAUUGCCGACAUAAGCCUGCAGAGCGCGUGGACAGUACAUGCAGCCUAUCACGUUACUGUAUAGCGCGUGCUGUAACCAAUCACAUUGUUGCAAGGUGCGUGGGCAGGGCAGCUUUUGGUAUAAAGCUAGCUCAGCUGGAAAAUAAAGUUGGACUCUGAAUAUCA